AUGGGAGAGGAGGGUGCCGUGACGGUCUGCGUGCGUGUCCGGCCGCUCAUCGCCAGAGAAAAGGCUCUAGAAGAUAAACUAUCACUUCACUGGAAGAGUGAAAAUAAUACUAUUUCGGAAGUGAAUGGCACGAAAGUAUUUAGUUAUGAUCGUGUUUUUCACUCAAGUGACAGCACUCAGCAGUUAUAUGAAGGUGUAGCUGUUCCAAUUAUACAGUCAGCUGUGCAAGGUUAUAAUGGCACAAUAUUUGCUUAUGGACAGACGGCUUCAGGCAAGACAUACACGAUGAUGGGAAAUGAGGAUUCUGCAGGCAUAAUCCCUAAGGCAAUUCAACAUGUUUUCAAAGUUAUUUGUGAGAUUCCAGAUAGAGAAUUCCUGCUAAGAGUUUCUUACAUGGAAAUCUACAAUGAAACCAUUACAGACUUGCUUUGUGACACCAGGAAAAAGAAGCCUCUGGGAAUUCGUGAGGAUGUUAAUAGGAAUAUAUUUGUGGAAGAUCUGAUUGAAGAGGUGGUGGUUGCCCCUGAAGAAGUGAUGGAAUGGAUCAGAAAAGGAGAACGAAAUCGGCAUUACGGAGAAACCAAAAUGAAUGAGCACAGCAGCCGUUCCCACACUAUCUUCAGGAUGAUCAUUGAAAGCAGAGAAAGAAGUGACCUUGCAAAUGCAAGCUGUGACGGAGCAGUGAUGGUAUCCCACCUGAACUUGGUAGAUCUGGCAGGCAGUGAAAGAGCUAGUCAAACAGGAUCUGAAGGUGUGAGACUGAAGGAAGGCUGCAAUAUAAACCGGAGCUUGUUCAUUCUGGGUCAAGUCAUCAAAAAGCUUUGUGAUGACCCUUCUGGCUUCAUAAAUUACAGAGACAGCAAGCUGACUCGAAUUCUGCAGAACUCCCUUGGAGGAAAUGCUAAGACAGUCAUUGUUUGUACAAUUACUCCUGUUUCUUUUGAUGAAACACUCAGUACUCUUCAGUUUGCCAGUACAGCCAAAAGAAUGAAGAACACUCCAAAAGUCAAUGAAGUACUUAACGAUGAUGCUCUCCUGAAGAGGUAUCGCAAAGAAAUUCUGGAUUUGAAAAAGCAGCUGGAGGAAGUAUCUUCGAAGACUCAAAUCCAUGCAAUGGAAAAAGACCAACUGGCCCAGCUGUUGGAAGAAAAAAAUUCUCUUCAAAAAGUACAGGAAGACAGGAUACGAAAUUUAACUCAGAUGCUGGUGACUUCUGCCUCCUUUUCCUCUAAAGCAAAUGCUCAAGCCAAGAAAAGAAGAAGAAGAGUGACUUGGGCUCCUGGUAAAAUAAACCAGGCAAAUGUGAGCUAUUUUGAAGAAACUGAAAAGUCAAGGCAGUGUGAGACAAAGAAAAUGAAAAUGUCUGUGUCAUCACUAACAGACAUAGAGGAUUCUAUUUUAGAAAAUUCUGAAUGGGACAACCAAUCCCUGGUGAUCCCUGAUGAAAUUUCAGAAACAGAAUGGACUUCUGGACCUAACAUCAAUUGGUCUCAAAAAGAUUUUGAAGAAUCUGUGCAACUCUGUGAAGCAUUAGCCCUGGAAAAGGAUAUUGCUGUAAAUCAGAUCAGCAUCCUGCAAACGGACUUGAAUAACCUAGUGUUGGAAAAUCAGAAGCUGAAAUUAGAAAUAAAUGAAGUGAGGGAGAAGCUAAAGGAAAAAAUAGAAACUGAUGAGUUUGAAGCACUGGAAAAACAAACACAAAAAGAUUAUGAGGAACAACUAAUACAUGAAAUUACCAACUUAAAGAAUCUAGUUUCAAAUGCUGAAGUGUACAAUGAGGAACUCGAGGCAGAAAUAAACUCCAAAUUGGAACAGCUGAAAGAGAAAGAAAACAAAAUAAAGAUACUGCAGAACCAUGUGGAAGAAUUGCAGAAAGCAAGAGUAGAAAAAAAUGACACAUCUUUUUCUGUGGGAGAUUCUGAUAAGCUACUUGAGGAAAUUCAGCAGCUGAAUAAAUCCCUCUUAGAUAGUGAAAUCAUAGCCUUGGAUGCCAAAAAAGAAGCUGCUUUUCUCAGAAGUGAAAAUCUAGAGCUGAAGGAGAAAAUGAAUGAACUCUCAAAUAACUACAAUCAAAUGCAAAAGGAUGUUCAAUUAUAUCAAAGCCAAAUAGAAGCAGGAAAAGCCAGUUACAGAAAAAUGCAAGUUGACUUGCAGAAAGAGUUGCAGGCUGUAUUUCAAGAAAACGCAAAGCUGACUUCACUGAUGGAAGGCAAAGUUCCAAAAGACCUGCUUUCUGUUGUUGAGCUGGAAAACAAGGCAGCUGACUUAAAAGGAGAACUGGAAAAAGCAUUGAAAGAGAAUGCACUUCUACAAAACCAAAUAAAUGAGCUGUCACAAUUUCAGUCGCUUCCAAAUACUGUUGAGGUGCAGCAGACAGAGAUUCUUGAAAAAUGUGAAGAACUACACUUACUAAAAUUGGAAAAAGAGAAGCUGCUUUCUGAAGUAGCUGAUAGUGAAGUUAGACUUAAAGAGAUGACUGAAGAAAUUGGAAGAGCAAAAGACCAUCUAGCAGAUGCACAACUUAAAUAUGUAAAGUCUGAUCAGGAAUAUCUGGCACUUAAACAGCUCCAUGAAGAGCUAGAGCAAAAAUACGUAUCUGUGUCAGAAAACAAUGAACAAAUGAAGCUCCAAAUAGAUAUUCUAGCUCAAGAAGCACGUGAGGCUAAAACAGCUUUGGAUGAAGGGAAACUAGAGCUCUUCAGCAGAAUUAAAGAACUGGAAGAAGAAACAGCAGAGUACAAACAAAAAAUUCUUGAGGUAAGAGAAGAUUAUAUUCAGACUCAGCAGAAGUUAAAUGAAUUGGAGCAGUUAAAAGAGCAAGAAAAUAUUAUGGAGAUGAGACUGGAGGCCAAGGAUUCAGAGAUCCAGGCAAUUCUUCAGCAGCUUACUGAAUGUCAGGAAAAAAUGAAUACUCUAACCCAGGAAAGAGAUGACCUGAAGCAAAAACAAGAGUCUCUUCAAGCUGAGACAGACCAACUCAAAGAGGAUAUACAGGACACCGUUUCAAUGAACAUUUUGGCACACGAAGAACUAAGAAAUGCACAGAGUUCUCUCAAGCAAGCCCAGGACAGAGUUAAGAAGUUGGAAAAAAAUAUUUCUGAAAAAGAAUCUCAGAUUCUGAGUGUUGAAGAGAUGCUUGGCAAAACCAUUAAAGAACUAGAAAUAAAGCUGUCACAAAUGACAGAAGAAAUUAAAACCAUCACAUCAGAGAGAGACCAGCUUGCUGAGGAAAAAUCAGAGAACUGUAGAGAAAGCAAUGAGCUUCAGGUGCAAAAGGAACAGAUCUUUCUCCUCACACAAGAGAACAGCUCAUUGAGGGAUAAGCUGGACAGUUUAUGCUUGAAAAAAGAGGAUGGAGAAGAAAAUUUGAUACCACAGAUUCUUGAGCAAGAAUUAUUUCUUCUGAGAGAAGAGCUGAGCCAGGCACAAAGGAAGUUGCUUGAAAUGGAGGAAAUGAAGGCAAAUGAAUGCCAAAGAGAACCUGAAAAAGUGGAGAGAACAGAGUCUACUACUGAAUUGCCUGAUUGUCAAGAAAUGAGCACUCAGACAGAAGGAGGAGAUAAUAAUCUUAAAAUGCAAUUGGAUAAUCUCCAAAAUGAGAGAGACCAACUAAGAGAAACUUUGCAGGAGACAAUUAGCAAGAAUUCAGAGAUGACGGAAGAGUUGAGAUGUGCUCAUAACUCUCUCAAACAACAUCAGGAGACUAUUGUGGAGCUGAAAGGAAGUAUUUCAGAGAAAGAAAACCAACUCUUGGAAGCACAAGAGUCAUUGAGGAAAACUACUGGGGAACUGCAGCAGAAGCUCACUGAAGUAACUGAAAACCUGACUCAUGUGUCUUCUGAAUAUGGCAAGCUGAUGGCAGAAAAAGAACAAAUGGAAAGAACAAUGAAUGAGCACAUCUCUAAGCAGCUUGAGAAAAUCACUGUGCUUAACCAGGAGAAAGAUGAGCUACAGCAGGCGGUAGAGAUGUGUAAAGCAGAAAGAGAUCAGUUGGAGGCUGACUGUCAGGAAAGCAAGGAGAGAUCCUUAAAAGUACUGACAGAAAUGGAAGAUCUACAGGGAGAACUAAUGCAUCAGAGAGAGCAAGCUGAUACCCUGAAGAAUAUGCUAGCAAAUACAGAGGAGAGCUUGCAGAACACUGAAGAUAAACUAAAUGAAGAAAUAAACCAACUGAAAGAACAGGUAAGCAUGCUGAAUGAGGACUUGCAUUUGGUAACUACAGAAAAGCACCACUUGCUGGAAGAACUUAAAGAGAAGACUGAGAGUGAAAGCAGUAAACUUCAACUGCUGGAGGAACAGUGUGACUUGUUAGCACUGGAGAGAGAGAAGCUCCAGGAAAUGCUGGAAGGUGUUCAGGCGGAGAAUAAAAAACUGGAGAUAAACCUACAAGAGAGUGUUGAUAAGAUUCUUGGAACUGAGAAGGAAUUGAAGCAACAACAAGAGCUCCUCAGUGAAGAGAAGAUCAAAGCUGAAGAAAGAGAAGAACAUUUGUCAAAGGUUCAGAGGCAGGCAGAUCUUUUGAAGGACAGCCUAACAAACAAGAUUCAACAGUUAACUGAGAUGCUAAAUAAUGUAUCAUGUGAAAAAGACCAGUUACUGGCUGAAAGAACUAGUCAGUCCUUCCAACUUCAAGAACAAAUCUCAUCAAUUAAUCAGGAAAAAGAUGAGCUACAAAAACUUCUCCAGGAUGUAAGGUCUGAGCGGGACCAGCUCAAGACAGAAUUGCAAAAAACAUCUGAGAUGUGUGUUGAUAUAAAUGCACAACUGGAAGGUGCUCGUGACCAACUGAAGCAGAGAAGCCUGAAUGAUGUGUCCAUUCAGGUGAACUCACAGGAUAAUGCAGAGCAGGUGACUGAUGACAGCCUGAAAGAAAAAACCUUGAACAUUAAGGAGCUUCUUGAGAAAUUCCUGACCAUGGGGAAAAGAUGUGAAUGCCUCUCUACAGUGUCUCUUAAGCUGAAGUGUGAUCUGGAGAGGCAGAAAAAACUAAUAGCUGUAAUACUGCCUCAGCUUUCAUCAGAAGAGAGUAUCCAAGUCAAAAAACUUCAAAUGACAAAUGAGAAAGUAAAUGGUCAUCUCCAAAGUUUAUUGAACAAACUGAAGUUUCUGUUUGGUCGUGUUUGCUCAAAGAGAAGAGAAUAUUAUGCUGCUGUUAACAAACAUAAAAUGGAACUGCUUGAAGAAAAGAGAAAACAAGAUCAGCUACAAGUUCAGAUUCAGUAUCUCAGGAAGAUUUGGAUGAACCAGCCUGAAAUACCUUCUGAAGAGUUAAACAGCAGUGAAAUGCUGCAGAGUUUGCACUUGGAUGCAGAGAGCAUUCUCAAAGAUCUAUCAGAAAUGGAAAGUGAACUUCUUUGCAUAGAGGCAGAGCUUCAUCAGCAAGAAAGUUCUAGGAAAGAAACACUGCAGUUCUGGGAAGUUGUUUUGACAACUGAGUGUGAUGCAGAGGAACUUAGAGAAGUGUUAAAGAAAGAUAAUGAAAGGCUUUUGCAAGGCAUUGAAUUCUGGACUCCUAAAUCAAAGAUGCUCUAUCAGCUUUCUUCAGAGCUGGAUGCCAGGACUGCCAACUAUUGUAAAAACGCCGAUGUUGAAUCAAAACAGAGAAAAGAGAGAACAGAGGAGUUGCUGCAGGAACUGAAGGCUGUUAAAGAUCAGCUGGCCCCUGGUGGCUCUGCCAGUCUUGCCUUAGAAGAAGAGAACUGCAAGCUUCACAACAAACUGCAGGCUGCAGAACAAGAUAAAAAGGCUAUGGAAGUCAAAAUUCAGAAGUUGGAAAAUGCAAUAAAUGAAGUAGCAAAAGAUGUGGAAAAGAGAGAUGAUAGGAUAAAUGAACUCCAAGAACAGAUAAGAACAAGAGUGUCAGUGAGUGAGCUCACCCAACUGCAAGCCCAACUAGACGAGACGGAGAAGCACCUCAAAACUACCUUAACAGUCAAUCAGAGUCUUCAGGCAGAAAUAGAUAAAGGUGCUGAGUUGCACAAAGAAGAAAUUGAUUCUCUCAAAACACAACUGGUAAAAUGUGAUAUGGAAAGAAUGAAAAAAUGCAACACUCUGGAUAGGAAGCUUGCUAAUUAUAAAGCUCUUGCAGAACACCAAAAGCAACAGUUAACAAAGCUACAAGAAGAUCUUAGAAGAGCACAGCAAGAGAAGGAUGCUACUGUGUUGCUGGAAAAAGAAAGUCCUCAGCAAUCCCAAAUACCACUUACCUGUGGUGGUGGCAGUGGUAUUGUGCAGAGCACACAAAUGCUUGUGCUAAAAUCUGAGCAAGCUAAGCUACAAAAAGAGAAUUUGCACCUGAAGAAACAAAAUGAUGUUCUGCUAAGCAAUGAGUGUCAACUGAAAGAGGAACUUAUAAAAUGGAAAGAAAGAGCACUGAAAUGGAGAGAACGGGCCUCAAGAGAAAACACUCGAGAGGCAGUACCAAGGUCUCCAAGGAAGACUCUGUCUCCAAGGAAGGCUGUAUCCUACUCCUUUAAAGAGCAAAUACCUACACUCUCUGAGCAACCUGUUUCUCAGGAAACUGUGACUGAAGGCCUACCAAAGCCUUUGCCACGGGCUCGUACAAAUUUCUUUGAUAACUCCAACUUGGUUGUUCUUGUCAUCUGUAUAGAUAUACAAUUUCCAGGACCAGAGCCUCUACAAGAACAUCUUCAGCACUGGUUUGGAUCUUCAGAGAACAAUAAAGCCCCUGAUUGUGUCACUCAGUAAAGGUGCUCUGUUGUAAGCUGCCUUUGCAGUAGGUACAGAAAGAAUCUGCCUUGUACAUAAGAUAAUUGCUUCAGGUCUGAAG